CCAGGUGUCGCUAGCAGGUAGGCGCGCUCGCCGUCGCCAGGGUGACCGGCGCGUGCCCGGCAGCUGUCAGGGCCCCGGGCGGGAUGGAGAGCCCGCUGAUCGGGGGGCCCUCGCCGCCUUCUCCUCAUGAUGAACCCCCGCUGCCACGGGACCGGCUGGCCGGGCUGCAGAAGGGGAACAGCGUGUGCUCCCGCUCCUACUUCGUGGUGGUGAUGGUGUUCGUUCACGUCUACAUCCUGAAUGUCAUCGCUCUGCUGUUCUACGUCUACUACAGCAACGGGCAGCUGGGGAGCGACAGCGACACCGGGGGGCCGGCCACCGAUACACCGGCUACAACCGGAGGCCAGGACACUGCGGACAUCAUCUACAACCACCUGUCCCGGCUGGAGGGCAUCAAGGUUGGUCAGAAGCAGAAGAUCGAAUUGGUUCCCAACAAAAUCCAGCACAUGGAAACGUUAAGUCUGAAGCCUCUUCUGUUCGAAAUCCCCAACUUCCUGACCGAGCAAGAGUGCAAGCUUCUGAUUCACCUGGCCCAGCUUAAAGGUCUCCAGGCCAGCCAGAUUCUGCCCAUCAAUGGCUACAAGGAAGCCAUGGAGAGCCUGGAGAUCAGCAAGACGGACAUCUUCAACCUGCUGGACCACAAUCAGGACGGACAGCUGGAGCUCAAAGAGGUCCUAACCCAUUCCCGCCUGGGGAACGGAAGAUGGAUGACUCCGGAAAAUAUUCGAGAGAUGUACACGGCAGUUAAAGCUGAUCCAGAUGGAAAUGGUGUCCUCAGCUUGGAUGAGUUCAAGAAGCUGAACCUCGGAGACUUCCACAAAUACCUGGGGAACCGAGAGAUCACCAUGAACGACUUGGUGAGGAACAGCCAGCACACGUGGCUCUACCAGGGAGAGGGCGCCCACCGGGUACUGCGAUCCAUCCGCCAGAGAGUCAUCAAGUUGACCCGUUUGCCGCCAGACAUGGUGGAGAACAGCGAACCUCUACAAGUGGUGAGGUAUAACAAGGGAGGACAUUACCACGCUCACAUGGACAGCGGCCCCGUGUUCCCGGAGACGGCGUGCACCCACACUAAACUGAUCACCAAUGAAUCGGCUGCUUUUGAAACCUCCUGUCGGUAUGUGACCAUUCUUUUUUACCUGAACAAUGUUACUGGUGGAGGAGAGACCACAUUUCCAGUCGCCGACAACCGCACCUAUGAGGAGAUGUCUUUAAUCCAGAAUGACAUUGAUCUGAGAGAUACGAGGAAACAUUGUGACAAGGGGAACCUGAGAAUUAAACCCCGGCAAGGAACGGCUGUCUUCUGGUACAAUUAUCUGUCCGAUGGCAAAGGCUGGAUGGGGGAUGUGGAUGAAUUUGCUCUACAUGGAGGCUGCCUGGUGACAGAAGGUACGAAAUGGAUCGCCAACAACUGGAUCAAUGUUGAUCCCAACAAGACCCGCCAGCUCUGGUUCCAGCAAGAGAUGGCUCGCUACACCAAAGACGACAAUGAGAAACAGAAGGAGUGGACGGUUGACAAGUCUUACAGGGACAUGCACGUCGACCUAUGACCAGGAGAUCAGAUGAGGGC